AUGAAUCCCAAAAAUAAACUAACGGAUAUUUGCACAUCUCUAACCUUAGAGCAAGCAAAAAAGGACAUAACCAAAGAAUGUAAAUUAGUGAAGGAACAAAAUAAUUAUCCAGGGGAUAUACUAUCGAAAAAUACAUUGGACCAAAAUAUCAAUCCCCUAAAUUCCAACGAAAACGAAAAUAGUGAUGAAGAGGAGAUACGAAAGUGGAGGGAGAAAAGAUUAAUGCAACUUAAAAAAAAGCAAGAGCUAAAAAAAGAUGGUGUUUAUAUAGAUGUAAUUGAAAAGGAUUUCAUACCCACAGUUGUUAAAAAUGCUUGUGUAGUUUGCCAUUUUUAUGAUAACAACUUUAAACGAUGCCAUAUUUUACAUACCCAUUUAAUUAAAUUAGCAAAUAUUCACUUAGCGACAAAAUUUAUCAAAGUAGAGGCUAAAAAUUGCCUAUUUUUUAUGAAUAAAUUAAAUAUAAAGGUUUUGCCGAGUUUAUGUCUUUUUAUCGAUGGUGUGCUAGUCAAGACAUGUAUUGGAUUUGAAGAUUUUGGAAAUAAAGAUGAAUUUAAAACAAAGGAUUUGGAAUUGUUUUUAUUUAAAAAAAAUCUUAUUAGAAAUACGGAAUACAACGAAAGCGAUGAAGAAGAUUAA